AGAGCCGAAGAGCUGUCGGCCAACAAACAGAUCGCUUUGAUUUCGUUUUCGGCCACCAAUUUAGAUAAGAAGGACUUUUUGGGCAAAUCUGAUCCCUAUUUGACGAUCUCUCGCGUCAAUCCGGACAACACUUACACUGUGGUCCACAAGACGGAAGUGAUCCGAAACACAUUGAGUCCGCAGUGGAGACCAUUCAACUUGAAGGUGCAGCAGUUGUGCGGUGGGGACUACGACCGCAACCUUAAGAUUGAUUGCUAUGAUUGGGACGAAAACAGUGCCCACGACCUCAUCGGUUCUUUCGUCACUAAUCUCAGACGACUGUCCGCCGGUCCCACUCAACAGAACUCAUAUAACUGUAUAAACGAAGAGAAAAGGAAACGGAAAGGAAAGUCGUACACAAAUUCAGGUGUUGUUAGACUCAACACUAUAUCGAUCUCACAAGAAGUCACUUUUCUGGACUAUAUUCGCGGUGGAACUCAAAUGCAUUUCGCGGUCGCCGUUGACUUCACCGCAUCCAACGGUAACCCGAGUGACCCCCGGUCUCUGCAUUUCAUGGACUAUAGCGGUCGUCCCAAUCAGUAUGAAAUCGCAUUGAGAUCUGUGGCCGAAAUCAUCAAAUCGUAUGAUACACAGGGACUGUAUCCCAGCUAUGGAUUCGGUGCCAAAUUGCCGACCGGACAGACGUCACAUCUGUUCCCUUUGAACAACAAUAUGUCUUAUCCUUAUUGUCGUGGAAUCGAUGAGAUAAUCGGUUGCUAUAAGUCUACUCUAAGUGCGGUCUCCCUUCACGGACCCACCAAUUUUUCGCCCGUUAUUAACAACACGGCAUCGAUUGCACAGCGAUUCCAAGACGGGAAGCAUUACUUCGUUCUCCUCAUCAUCACUGAUGGUGUCAUCUCUGAUAUGAGCGAAACGCUCGAUGCUAUUGUCAACGCAUCCUCUCUGCCAUUAUCUAUAAUAAUAAUUGGCGUCGGAAACGCUGACUUCUCUUCAAUGGACUUUCUGGACGGCGACGGAACUCAACUCGUUUCUCGUGGCAAAAGAGCCCAACGGGAUAUCGUUCAGUUCGUUCCGUUGAAUCGAUUUGUUUCUGGCGAUUGGCAACAGAAUCAGUUCGAGUUGGGAAGGGCUGUCUUGGCUGAGAUCCCCACUCAGUUCAUACACUUUAUGCAAACGCGGGGUUUUAAGCCCUCGGCUCCCGGACAGAGCACCGCCGCCGGCAUUUUCCCCGAACCCACGGGACACGAACCCACUCCCAUAUAUCCGUCGAUCCCCUCUCAACCCAAUCCACACCCAACUGCUCCCUCAUCACAGCCAUCGUACCCCCAACCGACUCCUACAGCUCCCAGUUCUUACCCGAGUGCCAAUCCUUCAUAUCCUAACGCUCCGCCUGUGAAACCAAUGGCGCCGCCACCUCCCAGUGCUAACCCUUCUUACCCGAGCGCUCCAAACCCUUAUCCGAGUGCAUAUCCAGCCUCUGCUCCCAACCCGUAUCCACCAACCAGUGGUUAUCCUCCUCCUGGUGCUAACCCAUAUCCACCAAGUAGUGGAUACCAUCCCUCUGCUCCAUACCCGGGUGCCCCAAAUUCCAGCAGUGGUGUCUACCCUCCCUCUGGUCCAUACCCUAGUGGCCCAAAUUCGUCUGCUGGUGCCUACCCUCCCACUGGUUCUUAUCCUCCAACAAAUCCAUACCCAAGCGCCCCAACAAGCGGUGCCUAUCGACCCCCUGGACCUAACCCUUAUCCCCCAACUGGCAAUAGUUAUCCAAGUGGUCCGGCAAACCCCGCCUAUCCCUCAUACCCGGCUCCAAAUCAGCCUAAUUAUCCGCCUUAUUAAUGACAAAUCUCAAUAUUUACUGCCGUUUGAACUCUGAAAGGAUCUAAACUGUGAUAUUUAAGCGCUAAAUGUUUAAAUAUACUGUACUCUCAAGUAUUAAUACACUAUUCUGCACACUAAGCGUUUUGUAUAUCAAUACAAUAUCAAUGAACAAAAUUGUUUACCGUAAUAUUAUAUGCCAAAGCAUGAAAUGCCAAUUGUUUUGAAUUGUCCUAAAUUUUUAUUAACUAUUUAACCAAAUAAUG